UCCACAAGAAAUGAUACAGUUCAUGUGUUAUUCAUAAUACCAAAGAAAAAUAUGUACAACACAUACGUUACAGACGAUGUCUUUAUGCCGGUGUUUUGCUUUGUACACGCCAUACCAUCAUUUUUUUCUAAAGAAAUAUCAAAGAAAAAAAAUGUGAACUUAUCAGCAUGUCAAAGCAGCCACUCGGAGACAGUAUCAAGUUCGAAAAUACAGUACCUUUAUUACAAGGUUCAUACUUUUCAACAUUUUUAUUACAUUUACAAACUAACAAGGGAGUGCACACUUCGCAUCUCUGGAGAGAAUCGAUGUCCAAGUAGUAUUAUCGAGACAGAUUUUGAGCCAAAAGAUGUAAUUCUAAAAAUUGGAAUCGUCGGAGCAUUCACUGAAGAGAACCUCAGAUUUAUAUCAAAAAUAAAAGGGAAAAGAAAAUCACCAAAAGAUCAAACUGUAUGGAAAGUGACGCCACUCCUCUGCUUUCAAAAUGAUUUGGACCUAAAUUCAGCCAAAGAGUUAUUGCGUCAACAAGACACAUCAGAGAAGACAACGGACAAGAUACUGAUUAAAUCCGCCAACAUUUGCGAUGAAAUAGACAAAAUUACUGAUUCCUUUAUCAUCAUAGAUGAGAACAAAGAAGAUAUUGCCAGAACCAUCACUUCUUGUUUCGAGGAACCAAUUAUUCAAAUGUUACAAAAGUGGUUAACAAAUCUCGAAACGGAAGGGCUUGGCAAACACACUUCCAGAGUCGUUGCCGAAAUAAAGGCUAUCAGUAAACAGUUAACGUUGAAUGAAAGAAACAUAAGACGUGAUGUCUCUGAUCCAUCUAUAUGCAAAACUCUUGUGCCAGGCGAUAUAAAAGACUACUUAUUUGGAAAGUCUGACGUAAAUGCAUUUGGAAUAUGGAACAAUUCGUCAUUUAAAAUAUUUGUCAAGACAACCACAGUUAAAGAAGAAUUAGAAGGGGAAUUAGUAGAAAGAUACCACAACUUUUUUAAGUAUUAUCCACUAGAUAUAGAAUUCGGAAUAUUGAUAGAAAAUCCUAUUUUAAAACAAGGAGAUCCUAUAUAUGCAGAUGAUUGCUGUGAAAAACAUCCCACAGGAACACUUGGGGGAUUUGUUAUGAGGGUAAAUGAAGAUAGAAAAAAGUAUGCAUUGACCUGCAAUCACAUUUUUCCAAGCAGAAAUAAAAUGGCAUACGCCGAUGAUUCCGAUGAUGGUGCUAGAAGACAAAUUGGUUCCUGCGUUUUUACAAAGAAUGACAUGUCCUGUGAUUUUGCUGCUAUCGAAAUGAAUGACACAAUUUCAAAUAAAUGCGAUGUGACAUUCAGGAGAGAUGACGGAAAGGGCAUCAAUGCACAUUUAUAUGACGAAAACUUAGAAGAUGUUGGCAUCGUACAUAAAAUAGGAGCAACAACAGGUGUGACCCAAGGGUACAUUCUAAGCUCUGAAUUCUAUAAUAAAUAUCCCGCUGAAGGCAAUCGGGAGUGUAUCUUUCUUGUGAAAGGUACACACGGAAAUUUUUCUGAAGAAGGCGAUAGUGGAUCGCUAGUCUUUUCCAGACCGAGAAACGUACAACAAAACUACGUUGAUAUCGUGGGUAUGGUAUAUGCAAAGAACCGCAAAGCAAAAGACGAUGUUGAAACCGAAGUCUAUAACAGAACUGAUAAAGAAUCCGAACAAUUACAUGCCAAUCAUGAUAUAAGUACAGAAGUGAAGAAUGCACAUGAAAACAAUCCGCAAAAUUGUACUCCUUCACUGUCAAGUGAAUAUGACGGGACAACAACAGCUGAAAAUGAUCAAGAUGACGACGAAUAUUCUUGUUGUUAUCGUUUACACACUGCUCUUGAACUUUUUGAAGAAGACCAAGGACAAGGUUUCGAAGUUAGGUUUAAAGAUGAUUUGUCGUUAUCUUCGCCUGCCACGUCAUCGUCGUCUGGGUCUGAUGUAGAAGCUGUCUAAGAAAGAUUUCAUUAAUAGUACUGUUUACUGUUAAGAAUUGCAGUUGUUAAAGCAUUGAAUAUUUUGUUUUAAAAUAUGUGGCCUCAUAACUGCAACGGUGUGUGCAUACAAAUUGAAUAGCGCGCGCUAGCGCGUAAUGAAAAUGUGUUUGCACACACCGCUGAAGUUAUAAGACCACAUCUUAAAAAUAAUGAUUCAAUGCUUAUAUUCACUUUUUAAAAUGUGUUCUCCUUCCGCAAAUAUAACUUAUUUUAUAAAAUAUCGGCCUUAUUCAACGAGUAAUGUGCAAUUAACGGAAGAGCCAUCAGAAAAGCCGAAUUGUGCUGACAAAAAUAUUGCACAGCGUUUUAACUUCUAACUCAAUUUAUUUUUUCAUUUUGUAAUUUGAUGAAUUUAUUUUUGGUAUACUAAGAAAAUAAUCAAUUGAAUUCAUUUAAAUCUUUAAAAAUAUUUACAUCCAUUAAUUAUUAAUCAGCCAAAGUAUAUUAUCAGAUCGUGAUCCGGUUUGAAGUCGGGAGGAGAGUCAAUCAUGUUCUAAAGCAAGACUGAAUGUAUUCAUACGCACCAGCUUUGGUGAUUGGGUCUUCUUUCUUAAGCGUAAAUAUCACUUAAAUCUAUAAAUGCAAUUUAAUAGGAGGAAAGAAAGUGAAUGUAAAUAUUUGCAUUUGAGACAUUCCACUUUGCAAAGCUUUGUCACGCAAAUUAUUGUAAAUAAAACUAAAAAGGAUACACGCGUAGUAUACAAAGACUAUUUCACGUGACGUAUUCGUUUGCUUUAUCUUUCUCACUGUUUUCAUUCUUCAUUAAAAACCACUAUAAAUUAGUAUACUUUAUCAUCAUCUUUUAAAGUUUAAACUACAUAAGAAAAAUGUCAUAUUACUUAGCUACUUUAAGUCAUAAACAACAUACUUCACAUUUAUGGAGAAAGUUUAUUGUGUUUUCCUCGCACAGCAUUUAUAAUCAAUGACGUUCUUAUUAUGAAGUCAUUUUUGUUUUUAACAGUCAUGAAAUAAACCAACCACUGUGUAUCUAUCCUAUUAAGAAUAGCUUUUACGAGGUUUGAUUCAGAGGUAUUGAAACAGAUGGCGUUGCAUUUAUCAGUUGUUCUCGAUUGUUGAGAUGCAUUUGCCACCAAUAUACAAGAAAGCAUAUUAUUGAUUGGCAAGUACGUCAAUCCAAUCCUAGAGUCGGUAUAUUGAUUAUGCAUUUUGUACGGGAUAUUGUUUCAACAGAAUUCAUCGUUUAAGCUGUACUAGUUUAAUUCGCAAAGUAAAUUAUAGAAGUGGAUUUGAAGAAUUGUUUAAAAUUAUUUAACGUGUUUAACAAACAAAAACCCAUUCUGUUUACCAAACUAGAAGGCGCGCGUGAGCUGCUGCUAUCACCUGCUAUUGGUGGUCCACCCGUCCGUUAGUUUGUAUUUUUAACUUUUUUCUAGAAACAUUGUACCAAAAUGACCUAACUUACUACAAAGCAUUCUAAUGGGAAUGGAAUUUAGAUUUUUUUAUAAAUAAAGACAAAACCUAUUCAAAAGGGAGACCAACAUAAAGCAGUUGAAAGGGUCUGUCUCUUAUAAUGUUCUUCACAGAACCCCUGAUACCAAAAAUGCCUAAUUUACAUCUAAUUGAAGCCAAAGCGAAUUUUCUUAAUUUUUCAAAGCAUGAUCUAAAAGCAAAUACUGGGGCCAAGAAGGGGGCCAAAUUUUAGAAUAGAAAUAUAGAGUUAAAGGUUUGACGAAAAACCUUUCUCUCCAGAUCUGCUGUGAUAAACAUCUAUGAUAUACAUGUAACUAUGCAAGCAUCUUAACAAAUUUCUUGUCAAUUAUGAAUUGUAAAAAGCUUAAAAUAGAGAACGGUUUGGUUCCAGGAAGUAUUCAUAGUUCAACAUAAAGAUAUAUAAAGAAAACUGUUUUAAAAACUCUUUUCAAAAGAUUUACAAUGUUUCAAUAUGCAUUGCAAUCCCUCUCAUAUCUGUAUGUUCUAGUAGUAAAUCUUGACUUGACUUGAUUUGCUUUGUUUAUUUAUAUCUAUAGGCUAAUAAUUCACUUUGAAAUAAUCAAUUAUUAAUUUUUAUUUCAUGGUCUAUUUUAGAACCUCACCAUUUCUUUUUUUUCAAAAAGUUGGUUAAGGUAACCUAUGUUCGACUUUUUAUUAUCAGUCAUUUUCCUAUUUCGUUAUUUUUGAUAGGUUAAAGCCUAGGAUAAUAAGCCAGCGGAUGCAUUUUAAAACAUAGGAUA